AAAUAGGGAGUGAAGUGUUACUUUUCCAUCCAGCGGUCAAACCUGGAGUAAUGAAAAAACUGUCCAUUCAAUACCGAGGUCCAUACAUAAUUACAAAGAAAAUAACAGACUCAAUUUAUGAAAUCAAUCAAGGUUCAGAACAACACCCAAAAUUAAAGAAAAUAAAGAUUGAUCGGUUGCGUCCAUAUCUCAAUCCAGAAAAAUUAAGAGCGAAUGUCUACUCAAUAUUAGCAUCAAAAAUAAUAAAACAACACAGGAGAGGCACGUGCGGGGUAAACAGAGUGAGGAAGAAGAGGAAAACACAAACUCAGCACAUAGCCAAGUUGUCAUCGGAGAAUAGGUCAGCGAGAACAUCAGUGUUAACAAUUGAGCCUCGACCGGGGAAAGUGUCAUUGGAUCAGUAUGUUAUUCCUCAAGUAAUUUCAGCUCUUGCUAACAAAGAACAAAUCCCCCCUCCCUCAGAGUCACAGAUGGAGGCAAAUUUGCAUGAGGAGUACAAGAAAAUCUUCCGAGAAUGUAAACCAAACGACAUCGCUUUAACACCAAAAAAUUACAAAAACAGAUUUGACUUAGCACUGUAUUUGGAAGAACUCCAAGCAGCCAAAAAUUUGAGAGGUUAUGCAUUGAGAGAUGUUCCGCUUUUGGAGACGACUGAAUACAUGGCAGUCCAGGUGCCAGGACUUAGAGAAGAAAAAUCAGUAUUAAAUAUAGGAGAUAAAGUUAGAGUUACGUUAACAAAAUUCCCGGACCAGGCUUACUAUGGAGUGGUAAAACAAAUUAGAAAUGAAACAACAGAGAUUGAUUUACCGGCUUCAUUCUUUUUCAAUUAUUCAGAUGGCGAUAGAGCGAGUGUCACGUUCAUGCUAAACCGCUAUCCCUUUAAAAGUGCUCAUAGAGCCUUACAGCAGUCGGAAAAUAUGGAUAGGGAGGCACUAUUUCCUUCAAAAAAUACACUAGUGCCCAAAAAUUUUAAUGACCCAAUAAAGUGGAUUAAUCCAAAAAUUGAAAAUAACCCAGAGCAGGCAACUGCAAUAAAGAGUAUAUUAAGAGUUUCGUCAGUUCAACCGUUGAUCAUUUUUGGCCCACCGGGGACGGCAAAAACUGCAACAAUAGUAGAGGCAAUCAAUCAACUAUAUGAUCGAGCCAAUGACACUAACACUAAAAUACUGGUUUGCGCUCCAUCAAAUUCAGUGGUAGAUAACAUUACAGUAUCAUUGCUAAAACAUAUUUCUGCCACACAGCUAUUGCGCCUUUACCCAGUCAACAGAAAAAUAACGUCAAUUCCUGAAGAAAUUUUGAAGGCACAAUGUUACAAUAAAAAUCUUAAAAAUGAGGUGGUAAAUUUUAAAGCACAUCAGCUGAGAAAACAUACAAUUCUCGCAACAACUCUGGUAGGAGCUGGAAAACUUGUGUCAGCGGGUUUGGGAACGAGCCCACAUUUUACACACAUCUUUGUGGAUGAAGCAUCUUUAGCAAUUGAACCAGAAAUUCUGAUUCCAUGGGCAGGGUUAGCAAAUGCUGGCAAAAAUCCGACUCGCAUAAUCCUAGCGGGGGACCCAUUUCAACUAUCUCCAGUUAUAAUGUCAAAUUGGGCGACAAACUUUGGGCUGGGAACCUCACUACUGGAAAGAUUAAUGAAAUUACAAAUUUAUUCUAGCAACAACGGAUAUCAUCCUAAUAAUGCGGUUAAAUUAAUUAGAAAUUACCGUUCGCAUAAGACCAUUAUUAAUUUACCAAACAAAUUAUUCUACGGCGGUGAGUUGAUUGCGGAAGGUCAAAGUAAAAUCAUAACGGCAGCAAUUGGUUCAAAUUGGUUGCCUAAUAAAAACCAUCCGGUGGUUUUUCAUAAUGUUACAGGUAAAGAAAAACAAGAUGAACUCAGUAAGAGCUACUAUAAUAUGGAUGAAACUGAUGUAAUUGUAUCUUAUUUACAUAAACUAUUAACAACGCCAGGGUUGAAAAAUAAGGUAAUAACACAAGAGAAUAUAGGGGUCAUUACGCCGUAUCGAGGUCAGAUACAUAAAAUCACACAAAAAUUAAUCGAAAAUAAUUGGUCAAAAAUUGUGGUUGGAACAGUGGAACAGUUCCAAGGAAUGGAGAAAUUGGUAGUCAUAAUAUCAACGGUACGAUCAAGAAGAGCAAAUGCUCAAAAAACCUCUUUAGGUUUUUUAAAGGACCCUAAACGCUUUAAUGUAAUGUUAACGAGAGCCAGGGCUUUAAACAUAAUAGUGGGUAACGCUAACCUACUGACAACCAAUGCAUGUUGGGCUCAAUUCAUAAAUCAAUGUAAACAAGAAAACGCGUGGCAAGGAGAAAAAUAUUAAAUUACGUGAUAACAAUAGUGAGGACCGCAAUAACCAGAGAAGUAAGUUAUUUUUAUUAGGGUCUUAAGUCAUUGCUCCUAAAAAACGUAUUUUUUAUUCAAGCUACUAAAUGAGGGUAGGUCGCACGCAUUUAAAGUUUUCAGUAAUACGCAUAAUGGUAUAAAUUGAACAAAGUUAAAUCUUUACCGCACUUCUGAAAGUCAUAACAAUUGUUUUUUUCCCUCUUCUUGCACUUUGAUUAAUCUCAGGUGCUUCUCAGGUACUUCUGUAAUCUUCCCGUAAAUCGAAGUACUUCAAAUUCAAUGAAAUUUGCAGUUGGAGCAGUCAUGUUUUAGGUGGCUUAACGCCGGUAGUUGGGCCAAAAUCAUAACGUGCCAAUUUAUGUAGUCUACAUUCUUAAUUGAAGGAGAAACUUAUCGAAGGCUGCAGUGGUGCAAACUCAAAAAAAAAAAAAAAAAAAAAUUUUUUUUCCUCCCUCUUCUUGCACUUGCUCUUCGAUUAAUCUCAGGUGCUUCUCAGGUGCUUCUGUAAU